CUGCUGUUAAUUGAAUGAACAGCGACAGGAUGUUCAAACUCUAGACACACACAGAUAGUUAUAUAUAAAUGCGAUUGUACAGCUAUGUGAAUGAAUUCUCCGGCGAAAAGAGUCACUUCGCUGAAUGUCUUCGUUUUUUUUGAUAUGUCCAUCUGAGUUUAUAUUGCUACUGUUGUUUUUCCUGUGACUUCGUACUCUUCUCAAUUCUAGUAUUAUCUUCUCUUGGUAUUGUAACAACACGCACCAGAACACACAAACCACUACACAUACCUCUGUUACUCGUGGAAUUCUCAUUCUCAUUACUGCAUCUCAUCCAGUCAUAUGAUUGCUCAAAUGAAGCGAAGAAGGGUUGUGUUGACUCUCAUGAUCACAGUCACUACUUUUUGGUCCCUCAGUUAUAUCAUCGAACGAAAUCUUCUCCGAUCUGUACAGAUUGACUCAGCUGUCCCAAUAACGAAUAUCAAAUCACUUCCUUCAAAAUUAUCACCACUUCCUAUCCACUCGAAUCACACUACCAAAACCAAAUGGUCAUAUGUUUCAUCGGGAAUGGGAAAGCAUGAGAACAAAUUGACGCUGGACUUUGAUGAGAAAUAUCUGGAGAAUCUGUAUGAUUAUCAACGAGAGGGCAAGUCAGUCAUGAAGAAGAAAAUUAUCAUGCAUUAUGGACAAUAUCCGAUAAACACGAUUAGCAACUACACUUCGUGUUAUGCUUGUGAAUGUGAACUGUCAUAUGACAGAGCCAGAUGGCGAGAGGCUGAUAUCAUCAUCCUAACAGAUGAAAAUUAUCCUCGAGGUGAAAGACCACCGAAUCAGUUGUGGUUUAUUUUUAUACAUGAGCCACCUCAUAAAGUGAAACUGUCAAAUGAUUUGGGUGACAGAGUGAACUACACAAUCACUUAUCGACGGGAUUCAUCAGUCUUCUUGCCGUACCACAACUAUAAGCCAUUUGACCCAAGUCAUUCAUGGGAGACAAGAUAUCCACUGCCUUCUCGUAAUUAUGCUAUCGGGAAGACUAAAAUGGCUGCAUGGUUCGUCACCAACUGCGACGCUCGCAGUCAAAGAAAGGAAUAUGCGGAGGAGUUGUCGAAGCAUUUUGAGAUUGAUAUCUAUGGAAAAUGUGGUACAAAGCAAUGUCCCAGAACUAUCGAAUCUGAGUGUUACAAACUUCUCGAGAAAGACUACAAAUUCUAUCUGAGCUUCGAGAACAGUUUAUGUCCGGAUUACGUAACAGAGAAGAUUUUCAGAAAUGCUUACAGUCACAAUAUAGUUCCCAUCGUUAUGGGUGCAUCGAUUGAAGAGUACAAACGUGUCUCACCUCCACAUUCAUUUAUCCACGUGGAUGAAUUUGAAUCACCUGCAAAACUUGCUGAAUAUUUGAAGUAUCUGGACCACAACGAUACUGCAUACAAUGAAUACUUUGCAUGGCGUGAACACGGAGUUAUAGAUGACUGGAUGCCUCGACCUGAGUGUCUCCUGUGUCUAUUCGCUCAUGUCCGCAACCACCUUGAGCAACACUCAAUACCGAAUGUUUCUCGAUGGUGGAAUGAUGCUUGUUUCGGUCGAAAAUUGCGUUGGAAUCCUGACGGUAUUUGAAGCAUUUUCGUCCUGUGUCACUUGUCAAUGUAUCUGUCUAUGAAAACUUUCUUUUCAUAACGUCAACCUAUUUUGGCACAUUGUGUUGACUUGAGUGAUUUGUGUAAAUACAGGGAAAUAAAGUAUAAUGUUUCGAUAUCA